AUGUUGGGGUUCAUUUCGGCUCGUCAGGCCGGGCUCGAUGAUCCACUGCGGCUGCGCCGGGCCGAGUCCACCCGGAGGGUUCUAAGUUUGGAAUUAAAUAAAGAUAGAGAUGUGGAAAGAAUACAUGGGAGUGGUAUCAACACCCUUGAUAUUGAGCCUGUUGAGGGAAGAUACAUGUUAUCCGGUGGGUCAGAUGGUGUUAUUGUACUUUAUGACCUUGAAAACUUGAGCAGAAAACCAAGUUACACAUGUAAAGCACUUUGUUCUGUGGGAAGGAGCCAUCCUGAUGUACAUAGAUUCAGUGUGGAGACAGUCCAGUGGUAUCCUCAUGACACUGGCAUGUUUACAUCCAGUUCAUUUGAUAAAACCUUGAAAAUAUGGGAUACAAAUACUUUACAACCUGCAGAUGUAUUUCGCUUUGAGGGAACAGUCUAUAGCCAUCACAUGUCUCCAGUUGCUACAAAGCAUUGUUUAAUAGCAGUUGGUACCAAAAGCCCCAAAGUACAGCUCUGUGACUUGAAGUCUGGAUCCUGUUCUCACAUUCUGCAGGGUCACAGGCAAGAAGUUCUGGCAGUGGCUUGGUCCCCACGUCAUGAAUAUGUUUUGGCAACAGCAAGUGCUGACAGUAGAGUAAAAUUAUGGGAUGUGAGGAGAGCAUCUGGAUGUCUGACUACGCUUGAUCAACACAACGGAGAAAAGUCCAAAGCAUCUUCUGAGGCAGCAAACACUGCUCACAAUGGGAGAGUGAAUGGAUUAUGCUACACAAAUGACGGGCUUCAUCUGUUGUCCAUUGGUACAGAUGAUCGGAUGCGACUCUGGAACAGCUCCACUGGAGAAAACACGUUAGUGAAUUAUGGGAAAGUCUGUAACGAAAGUAGAAAAGGACUCAAAUUCACCAUCUCUUGUGGCUGUAAUCCAGAGUUUGCCUUUGUACCCUAUGGUAGUACCAUUGCUGUUUAUACAAUAUUCACAGGAGAACUGAUAAAUAUGCUUAGAGGGCAUUAUAAUACUGUCGACUGCUGUGUAUUUCAACCUAAUUUUCAGGAACUUUAUAGUGGUAGCAAAGACUGCAAUAUCCUUGCAUGGAUACCAGCUCUUCGAGAGCCAGUUCCUGAUGACAUUUCUGAACAGCGUCUGCCUCAACAGCAUUUAAAUCCAGCAUAUGAAGACGCAUGGAGCAGCAGUGGUGAAGAAGGCUGAAUUUCAAUUACGUGCUGAUAUAAAAUUGACAUUCAGGCACUGUGUUCACGGACUUUAUCUACAGAAUUGGAUUUUAUCAGAUUAUUACAACUGGAUUUUUGGUGCAGUUAUGUUAGAGCAAUGUCUUUCAGAAAUAAGUUUCCACUCUUCUCUCUGUUCUUUCUUCACUGUUACAGUUAAAUCUAAAGGUUUACUUUUUCAUACUUCCUGACUUUUAUACUUACCCUUACGCAUUGGUAUAUUUUAUUCAGUGUUGAAGAGC